AUGGUGGGAUAUGAUGAAAAUACAUGGAACACUGCUGCCAAGUGUCCUCCAACACAAAAUCAAGGUCAUAGAAAACAUUGCAGUGUGUCGUCAUCUGCCAUAUUCCCUGAUCUGGCACCCUGUGACAUCUGGCUCUUCCCCAAAGUCAAAAUGACCAUGAGAGAUAGCAGGCGAAAAACUGAGAAGCCAGACACUAAAGAGAAGAAAUCUGAAGUCAAGAAGGCUACUGUCAGUGGUAUUGGUAAAAAGCAAAAGGUGAAGGCCAAAAAGUCCAAGAAGGGGGAGCCUCACAGCAGCCAAAAUCCUGUCCUGGUUAGAGGAAUUGGUAGACAUUCCCAAUCUGCUAUGUAUUCCAGAAAGGCUUUGUACAAGAGAAAGUACACAAUUGUUAAGUCAAAGGGUGAGAAGAAAAAGGAGAAAGUUCUUGCUUUGAUCACAAAACCAGUAGGUGGGGACAAGAAUGGAGGUACCUGGGUGGUUAAGCUUCAAAAAAUGCCUAGAUACUACCCUUCUGGAGAUGUGCCCCAAAAGCUCUUGAGCCAUGACAAGAAACCCUUCAGUCAGCAUGUGAGGAAACUUCCAACUACCAUCACUCCCGGCACCAUCAUGAUCAUCCUCACUGGGCGUCACAGAGGCAAGAGAGUGGUCUUCCUGAAGCAGCUGGCCAGUGGCUUGCUACUCGUGACUGGGCCUCUUAGCCUUAAUUGUGUUCUUCUACGAAGAACACACCAGAAAUAUGUCAUUGCCACCUCCACAAAAAUUGAUAUCAGCAAAGUGAAAAUCCCCAAAUACCUCUCUGACACUUACUUCAGGAAGAAGAAGCUGCGGAAGCCCAGACACCAGGAGGGCGAGAUCUUCGACACCAAGAAAGAGAGAUAUCAGAUUUCAGAGCAGCACAAGGUAGAUCAGAAAGCAGUGGACUCACAGAUUUUAGCAAAAAUCAAAGCUGUUCCUCAGCUCGGGGGCUACCUCAGAUCCGUUUUUGCUCUUACAAAUGGAAUUUGUCCCCAUAAAUUAGUGUUUUAA